AUGUCCUUAGAAGCAAUCAAAUUUGAUAGAUCAAACCCAAAAGACGUCUCCGUCAAGGUUUUGAACCAAUUAGUAUUACCCUAUGCUACAACAUACAUUCCAAUUCAUACCAUCAACGAUGGAUUUGGUGUCAUUAGUUCCAUGCAAGUGCGGGGUGCACCAGCAAUAGCCAUAGUUGGAGUGUUAUCUAUACUGCUAGAAACACAGCUCUUGGCUAAUGAAUACUUUGCUGAAACUCAAUGCUUUUACGAUACCUCUAAUUGGAAGGCUAUCCAGACAAGGUUAAGUGAAAGGUUGGAUUAUCUUCUUCUCAGCAGACCCACUGCUGUAAACUUAUCCAACUCCUUGAAAAAUGUCUCUGCGCUGCUGAUGAGCUCCUCAGAAUUAAGUGCCUUUAAUUCCCAGUUGUUCACCUAUGCAUGUAACCUGAUAGACGAUGAUCUGGCAAACAACACGAAAAUGGGGGACAAUGGGGCAAGAUUUAUCCUUGAGUCCCUCGAAAACGAAUCAUAUAACGAUGAUUUUGCUGUGCUAACUAUCUGCAAUACCGGAUCUCUGGCCACUUCUGGUUAUGGUACUGCUCUAGGUGUUAUCCGUUCUUUGUGGAAAGAUUCUCAAAAUAAGAGUCAAAAAUCAGUGAAGAAGACGAAGACGCUGUCCAACAGUAAAGCCAAACUCACACACGUUUAUCCAUUGGAAACUAGACCAUACAACCAAGGGUCUCGACUAACAGCGUACGAGCUAUUGCACGACAAUAUCCCGGCUACACUGAUUACAGACAGUUCUCUUGCCUACAGAAUAAAGACGAGCCCAAUCCCAAUCAAGGCGGCUUUUGUUGGCGCGGAUAGGAUUGUACGUAACGGUGACACAGCCAACAAGAUUGGCACGCUACAAUUGGCCCUUAUUUGCCAACACUUUGGCAUUAAAUUUUUUGUAGUGGCUCCUAAAACUACAAUCGAUAACAAGACCGAAUCUGGAGAUGAUAUUGUUGUAGAAGAGAGAGAUCCGAAUGAAUUCCGGUUAACUAGUGGUACUUUGAUUUCUUCAGAUGGGAAAACUCCAGCUUUGAACGAGAAGGGCGAACCAAUUUCUGCUAAAGUUGGGACCGCACCACCACAAAUCAAUGUAUGGAAUCCUGCCUUUGACAUCACUUCUCAUGAUCUUAUUGAUGGUAUUGUUACUGAACAAGGUGUAUUUACUAAAAAUAUCGAAGGGGGUUUUGACUUGGAGAAACUAUUCUAG